AUCUUCACACAAAACCAUAAACACUUUCCACCUGCAAAAAAAAAUCCACCAAAAUUUCCGGUUCAAUUUCGCCGGAAAUUUCUUCUAUUCUUCUUUCUCAUGCUUCCUAAAUCACCUCCCCACUCGCCGGAAUCACAACCGUUCAAACUCUCCACCACCAAAACCUCCUUCAAAACCACAUUUCAAUCACUUUUCAACCUUCAAAAUCCACGAGCAUGGAUUUUCCUCAUCUUCGUCUUCAUCCAGAUCCUCCUCUUCUUCAACCUCCGUAGAUUCCCUGCCUCAAUUCCCGCCCCUCACCACAACUUCCCCACUCGUCUCGCCGUAGUUGAUGGUGGAAGAAGAAUUCAAAACUACACUGUAUUGGAUUCUAUUCCCACUAUAAACAGCGAUGAGUGCAGCUCCGGUAGAAUUUUCGUUUAUGAUUUACCGAAAUUCUUCAACCAAGAAAUCCUAGAUAAUUGCGAUAAUCUCAAUCCCUGGAGUUCUCGCUGCAACGCUCUCUCCAACGAUGGAUUAGGAGAAAUCGCAACCGGACUCGCCGGAAUCGUGCCGGAGAAUCUCCUUCCAUCGUGGUACUGGACAGACCAAUUCGUUUCAGAAAUCAUCUUCCACAACCGUAUGCUAAACCACAAGUGCAGAACCAUGGAACCCGAAUCCGCUGCGGGGUUCUAUGUUCCAUUCUACGUUGGACUCGCAGUGGGAAAAUACUUAUGGAUGAACACCUCCACCGCGAAGGAUCGCGAUAGUCACUGCGAAAAGAUGUUGAUAUGGCUUAAUGAACAACCGUAUUACAAAGAAUCAAACGGUUGGGAUCACUUCAUUACAAUGGGGCGCAUCACAUGGGAUUUUCGUCGUUCCAAAGAUGAAGAUUGGGGUUCUAGUUGCAUCUACAAGCCAGGGUUAAGAAACAUCACUCGCCUUCUGAUAGAGCGUAAUCCAUGGGACUAUUUCGAUAUCGGUAUACCUUACCCCACUGGAUUCCACCCUAGUUCAUUUUCCGACAUUACUCGCUGGCAGAGCUUCGUCCGUAAUCGCCGCCGUAAAUCACUCUUCUGCUUCGCCGGAGCUCCUCGCCGCAGUUUCCGGAACGAUUUCAGAGCAGUUUUGUUGAAUCAAUGUCGUAACUCUGGUGGCUCGUGCCACGCUGUAGACUGCGGUGGUUCAAAGUGUGCAAAUGGAACAUCGGCGAUCACUGAAACUUUUCUUGAUUCGGAUUUUUGUUUGCAGCCGAGAGGGGAUAGUUUCACGCGGCGGUCGAUUUUCGAUUGUAUGGUGGCUGGUUCCAUACCGGUUUUUUUCUGGCGGCGAACGGCGUAUUUACAGUAUCAGUGGUUUUUACCGGAAGAACCGGGGAGUUACUCGGUUUAUAUUGACCGGAACGCGGUUAAAAACGGGACAUCCGUGAAAGCGGUGCUUGAGAGUUUCACGAAAGAAGAGGUUAGGAAAAUGAGGGAGAAAGUGAUUGAGUAUAUUCCAAGGAUGGUUUAUGCAAAACAUAAUGAAGGGAUUGAAGGUGUUAAAGAUGCUUUUGAUUAUGCUACUGAAGGGGUGUUAACAAGGUUCAAGGAACAACUACAACCUGGGUUUCAUAAGUGGAAAUGAGAAUGUGGUAAAAUGCAUUGUUAGAUUUAGAUAAAAAGAAUAAAAAAGAAUGAAUAAAUAUAUAAAUAAGGAUACAACAUGGUUGUUUCACAUAAAUUUGAUAGGUUAGAGUUUUUUGUCUUUGCUUGUCGGGAUUUAUUUUAUUUAUAUAGGAUGUACCAUAUAUUGAUGAAUUGAUAUUGUGAUUCUUUUUUUCCAACAAUGGGUCGUUAUACAUUUAUGGAUAUUGAUAUACUA